AUGGUAAUAGUUUGUUCAUUUCCAUUGGGUGUAAUACCAAGUGACUCAGUUGCAUUGGUAAUGGUUCCAGUUGGUUCUGAACUUUUGGGCCUAACACCAAGUGAUUCAGUUGCAUUGAUAAUGGUUACAGCUGGUUGUGAAUUGGUGGGUGUAACACCAAGUGAUUUAGUUGCAUUUAUCACGGUUAUAGUCCUAUUGGGUUUUAUACUAAGUGAUUCAGUUGCAUUGAUAAUUGUUAUAGUUGCUGGAGUUGUAUUAGAUAUAACAGCAUGUGAUUCCGUUGCAUUAACAAUCGCAAUAUUUGUUUUGAACCUUGCGUUGAUAAUGGUAAUAGUUGGUUCAGUUCCAUUGGGUGUUAUACCAAGUGACUCAGUUGCAUUGCUAAUGGUUCCAGUUGGUUCUGAACUUUUGGGUUUAACACUAAGUGAUUCAGUUGCAUUGAUAAUGGUUACAGUUGGUUGUGAACUGUUGGGUGUAACACCAAGUGAUUCAGUUGCAUUGUUAACGUUUGGUGUUAUACUAAAUGAUUCAGUUGCGUUGAUAAUGCUAAUAGUUUGUUCAGUUCCAUUGGGUGUUAUACCAAGUGACUCAGUUGCAUUGGUAAUGGUUCUAGUUGGUUCUGAACUUUUCGGUUUAACACCAAGUGAUUCAGUUGCAUUGAUUAUGGUUACAGUUGGUUGUGAACUGUUGGGUGUAACGCCAAGUGAUUCAGUUGCAUUGAUAACGGUUAUAGUUGUUUGAGUUUUAUUUGGUGUUAUACUAAAUGAUUCAGUUGUGUUGAUAAUGGUAAUAGUUGGUUGAGUUCCAUUGGGUGUCAUAACAAGUGAUUCAGUUGCGUUCAAUAUGGUUAUGGUUUUUUGAGUUCCCUUGGUUGUUACGGCACGUGAUUCAGUUGAAUAGAUAACGGUUAUAGUUUUUUGAGUUUUAUUUGGUUUUAUACCAAGUGAUUCAGUUGCAUUGAUAAUGGUUACAGUUGGUGGUGAACUGUUGGGUGUAACGCGAAGUGAUUCAGUUGCAUUGAUAACGGUUAUAGUUGUUCGAGUUUUAUUUGGUGUUAUACUAAAUGAUUCAGUU